UCCACCGCAUGCUUUUUAUUUACAGGCUACCCGGUUAUUGGAAGACAAAACCGUAUGAUGUCGUCCGGUGCGCGUUUAGACAGCCAUCAAGAUGUAUUGAUCACGGCUUGUCCGUGGGAUCCACGCAUAAAAGGGGAGUUUUUUCACCAAACAACAUUAAGUGUUCCACUCAGACAUGUCAAAGAAUUCAUCAACAACAUCAAAGAACUUGUGAAAAUCGAACCAAAAUUUCUCUGUAUCCUUGAAGACAGCAACGGUAUUCUAAUGCGUUAUGUUACAUCCUCUCCUGCGUUUCUUGGAAAAGAGGAGAAAGCUUUACACUUUGACCUAACUUACUACCGAAGCAAAGAUGAUCCUUUGGUACCGCGUCUCUACGAGGAUUUCAUUGAAGAAAUCGAGCUAAUGGCGGUAUUUAAAUACAACGCAUUGCCACAUUGGGGGAAGAAUAGAAACAUAGCGUUUAAUGACGUGAUUAAAAAGUACAAGAAUGCAAUCGCUUUUUUGAAAGUAAAAGAGAGAUUCGAUCCUUUAGGGUUGUUUUCUAGAGAAUGGACGGAUCAGAUUCUAGGUUUGAAAGGUAGCGUCACGAUUGUGAAAGAAGGAUGUGAAUUGGAGGGACUAUGUAUUUUUUCGGAGGAUUCUCAAUUUCUCACUGUGCUCCGAGGUUAUAUGUGUCGGCCAGGUAAAGUCUAUAGAGAGGCUAGAGUUUGUACUCGUGUCUAAGCAAAUCAUACAAAUUUUUUUAUGAAAUCUUACGCUUUGAGGGUAAGAUCUUUUAUAUAUUAAUUGAAAAACAUUACAACAUUGUGUGUAGCCACGUAUCAGCAUGAGAAUGAAAUUCAGAAUUUUUAGAAAAA